GAGAUCUUGACAUCAUCAAGUUGACAUGAAUCUGUUCAGAUGACUCUGAGUCAAGUUGAGUGAAUUCAGUGUAUCAGUGUGUGGGCCAGAUAUGGGCCGGGGACCCAGCCGCUACUGAGCCAGAAACUAACAUGUUGUUGCCCACAAGUGAGCCAGAAGAACUUUGCUACUUGGGUGUCCACAAAACUAGACAACACCUGACAAGGAGGACAGGAUCAUGACCAUUUGACCUGAAGGUUCUUAGAAAGAAUUUGCUUUACAAAAGAGCAGUCUUGCUUUGCAUACAUUUAAACAUGAGUUUGACAAAAAUGUUUCCAUUUGGUCGUCGAUAGAAAACAGAACAGCUGAAAAAGAAACAGACUAGUGUGAGAAAGAGAAAAGAAGGGGGGAAAACAAGAAGGAAGGAGCCGUGUUUAAGCUUAAGAAGUGAGAUGUGGGUGUUCAGGUGUCUCUUUGUGCUUUACGGAGCAGGAGUUUACUUCACUACACAAGCCAGCACACCCCAGCAAGAAGAGAAUUUGGCAUUAAGGGGAAAGACUGUACAGUCAUCCAAUUAUCAUCCGUAUGUGGCUGCAUAUGCCAUUGACGGUCAGCCCUCAACCUUCUCAAGUACGGCGGCCUCCACUGACAACCCCUGGUGGAGGCUGGACCUUCUGGAUUCUUACCACAUUGCUGAAAUUGUCAUCACUAACAGAGUUUCGUGCUGUGGCGAACGCCUCAAUGGAGCAGAAAUUCAUAUUGGAAAUUCUCUGGAAAACAACGGCAACAAUAAUCCUAGAUGUGCUGUGCUGGGUGCUGUGGUAACGGCCCAGUCCGUGUCUUUGUUCUGUGGUGAAAUGAGAGGGCGAUAUGUGAAUGUCAUUAUACCUGGAAGUCAGAAAAUUCUCUCUUUGGCUGAAGUGCAGGUGUAUAAAAAAGGCCCCCCUUCUGCGCCCCCAGUGGAAGCUUCUGCCAACCCCACCUCCUCAGGUGAUUUGGGCAGUGGAAAACCAAAUGGUUCUUCCACCUCAUCUUCUCUUAUUUCUGUCCAACCGCUUCCUGCCAGCACAUCGAUUCAGAACACUUGGUACAAAACAGAACAGCUGAAAAAGAAACAGACUAGUGUGAGAAAGAGAAAAGAAGGGGGGAAAACAAGGAAGGAGCCGUGUUUAAGCUUAAGAAGUGAGAUGUGGGUGUUCAGGUGUCUCUUUGUGCUUUACGGAGCAGGAGUUUACUUCACUACACAAGCCAGCACACCCCAGCAAGAAGAGAAUUUGGCAUUAAGGGGAAAGACUGUACAGUCAUCCAAUUAUCAUCCGUAUGUGGCUGCAUAUGCCAUUGACGGUCAGCCCUCAACCUUCUCAAGUACGGCGGCCUCCACUGACAACCCCUGGUGGAGGCUGGACCUUCUGGAUUCUUACCACAUUGCUGAAAUUGUCAUCACUAACAGAGUUUCGUGCUGUGGCGAACGCCUCAAUGGAGCAGAAAUUCAUAUUGGAAAUUCUCUGGAAAACAACGGCAACAAUAAUCCUAGAUGUGCUGUGCUGGGUGCUGUGGUAACGGCCCAGUCUGUGUCUUUGUUCUGUGGUGGAAUGAGAGGGCGAUAUGUGAAUGUCAUUAUACCUGGAAGUCAGAAAAUUCUCUCUUUGGCUGAAGUGCAGGUGUAUAAAAAAGUUCAUCAAGCUGUUAUGAGCUUGAAAUUUAACUCGAGUCUCAAUGUAGCUGAUCCAGCAGAGAGCGGAAAACUUCUAUAUCAGAUGACGACUGCUCUUAUAUCUAAAGGACACUCAAAUUUCACCCUCACCUGGACAAAACUACCUCAGAAAGUGAAACCGAAAUCAAAGCAGGGUCCAUGUAUUAAGAUCUACAAAUGAAUAAACAAAUAAGCUUUGAAAGAAGAAGGAAAUUAAUGUGUUGUUCCAUAGCUUGUUUACUUCUAGUUUUUAACAGAUUGACAUUAUUGCUGCCAUUGUUUUCCCCAUCAUUUUUAAUGAUUUGUAGUUGACAAAUGUUGAUGGGUUUGUGUGAGAAAUUUUGCUCCAAUGGGACCAUCAUAAUAGGCAAACCAAGAUUUGGACUUGGUCAGGUCCAUAAAUCAUUAUUGCUUUGGAGGAAAACUUAAGAAAUAAAUUCUGUAAAAAAAGAAAUGUGAAUAAUAAAGAAAAAAAGUACUGUAUGUAUGUGUUGUACACA